GACGGUUGAGGGCAGAGCAGAGCCAGGCGCGCGCGCUGCUCCCGUUUUCGUUUUUUCCCCCUUCCUCUCUCCUCUCUCCGUCUACAUCGUCGUAACCCCCCCGUUCACCACCUUCCUUUUUCCUCUCCUUCUUCCUUUCUGCGAUUUCUUCGCCUCCUCUACGUCACCCUUGUCGUCGAACGACGCCGAUCCCUUCUGCAGCACACCUUCGCUGGUCGUGUGGCCAAAUCGCAUCCAAAGAGAGGGCAAUUUGAGGGCAUCAAGGGCAUAGGCAGAGGCUUGAAAAGCGACGAUUUCCUUUCGAAAGGCCAGAACGGGAUUGAAAAAAAGAGGAGAGCGCAACGGGGGCGAAGAGACAGAAAAGAGCAUCGUCUCUGGUUGGCCGCUGGAGUGGAGAAGGGGAGAAAGGAAGGAAAGAAGGAAGGAAGGAAGGAUCAUUGGCAAUUCGGAAGAAAAGAGCAAAAGAAGCAAAAAAAAGAGAAAGGUGUCGCUCUGCGGUGUACACUGUGUGAUUUGCCCUCGUCGUCGUCGAUCGCUUCUAUACUGUGCGAGGGUUUGGCGACAAUGUUAGUGUCAUCGGCGGAAGCGGAUGAUCUCUGGAGACAAAGUCGCUGAUGAAAGCCAGCCCUUCUUGCAGAAGACCAGACAGACAGAUAUCCGCGAGGCGCGCCCUCUUCACUCACUUCCCAAUCCUUCCAUCCACCAACCACCGCCCAUCAUGG